AGGACGCAAAGGAAGUUCCGGAGAGCCGCAGUGCGCCGACGCGACACGCCAGCUCCUCGCCAGCGCGCCGCCAGUGCGCAGGCGCGCCGGUCGCGCUCGCUGCUGCUCUUCCUUCUCCGUCUCGAGCCGUCAGUGGCCGUUGGGCCCUAUGUCGCGCCGGGCCCUCCGUAGGCUGAGGGGGGAACAGCGCGGCCAGGAGCCCCUCGAGCCCGGCGCCCUUCAGUUCGUCUUCCGUGAUGACGAUGAUGCGGAAGAAGCAGCCCCGAAGCUGGAGCCAGCUGGCCGGCGCCCCCGGAGCGCAGAGCAGGAGGGCGUCCGAGUCAACAACCGGUUCGAGCUGAUAAACAUCGAGGACCUGGAGGAGGGGCCUGCGGUCAACGGGGAGCAGCUGGAUGCUCAGUGCCCAGAUGCCGCGGUGUCAGGAAGCAAGAGGAGGGCCCAGAGUGGAGGCUCCGAACCCAGGAGGGACGGGGGCGUGGCCAGCAAGGCGGCCCCCCCAGAGCAGCCCGGCGCAGGCGGCCAGCUUCGGAGGAAGAAAAAGAAACAGAGGAACAGGAAGAGCCCGGCAGAGGCAGGCUCGGUAUGGGUGGCGGGCUCGCCUGCGUGGGGGUCCCGGCCCCUCCCAGAGCGGGUCAGACUCAAGGCCGGAGCCAAGGGCUCGGCCCGUGCUGGCUGCUGCACCCCCGGCCCGAGGGCACCCCAGGAGGGGGGCCGCGGGCCACCUGGCACCAGCAGAGCCCCCGUGCCCCCGCCGGCCUGAGGGGUGCUCGUGUCC